ACAUUUCACACCCCCAGCCUGGGGGAUGAGGAGUUUGAGAUCCCGCCCAUCUCCCUGGACGCCGACCCCUCGCUGGCUGUCUCAGACGUGGUGGGGCACUUCGAUGACCUGGGGGACCCCAGCAGCGCGCCCGACGCCGGCUUCUCCACCCAGUAUGGCGUGCAGGCCCUCGACAUGCCCGUGGGCAUGAACCAUGGCCUCAUGGAGCAGGGCGGCGGGCUCCUGGCGGGGGGGCUGGCCAUGGACCUGGAUCACUCCAUGGGCACCCAGUACAGCACCAACCCGCCCGUCACGAUAGACGUGCCCAUGAGCCCUGGGGCACUGAUGGGGCACGGCCAGCUGACCACCAUCGACCAGUCCGAGCUGAGCUCCCAGCUGGGCCUGAGCCUGGGGGGCAGCUCCAUCCUGCCGCCCGCUGCCCAGUCGCCCGAGGAGCGGCUCUCCACCACGCCCUCCCCCACCAGCUCCCUGCAGGAGGACGAGCCUGAGGAGUUCAGACGG